AUGGCGGCUCUUCCUCCUAACUGGGAAUGGGAUUAUGAUGGCACCCGCUGGUUCUACCGCUACAAGCCAAAUGGCCAUGUCCAAUUCCACUUCCCCAAGGAGGGCGACGAGUUUCCCGACUUUUUCGACGCCAUGUCCCCAAUUCCCGACCUCUCGCCCGAAGAGAAGCUCGAGAGUCAGCAGCAGAUGAAGAGACGGACUGGCGGGGACCCUGACCCGAAGUCCCAAAUGCGUGCGACUGGAGGACCCCUAGCCGACUUUGGGAUGAGCAGGAGCGGUUUCGGGGGGCCGCUUGACGACGACGAUGGGGCGGGAUUCUUUUACCAACCCGAGAACUUGAUGUAUCUCGGGCCUGGCGCAUAUACUGAUAUCAGCCCUCUAGCUGACGAGGAUGAACGCGACGAGAUCCCGAGGGAUAGGCGCAAAAGCAGGGACAGCGCGAGCCCCAAGAAGGAGAGGACGACGCUGGAGCUGGCUGGAAGCGACAAAACGGGAGUGUCGCCUCUGCAAAGCGAGACAAACACACCAUCCGUAAAGAACAGCGUCCCCGUCCGAGAGUCUGCUGCCGUACCAGAGUCAGUGGCAGAGGAGGCUGUGCUGAUCAUCAACACCCAAGAGCUUCCCGGGCCAAGUCAACCAGUGAUCCCAUCUCCCGGAGUACCACUGCUCGAUUCCGUCGAGAAGCCCCAUCCGACAGCCGACCCGGCCGUCCAGUCACCACCUUGGGACCCUGUCGGAUUCGUGGCAGAGAUGGCGACAGAACAUACCGCGCCUGCGCACAUUGAGACGCAUCCUGACCCAGUCGAGAUGGGCGACAACGCUGUCCUGGCACCGAUAGAGACGCAGAUCAUGGAUCCUGGCAUUGCUGAGCUUCCCGAACGGACAAGUCCAUCAGAUGCUAAACCACCAGUCCCAUCCACUCACGACCUUUUACAUCAGACGAGCAUGAGUGAUCAUGCCCUUUAUGGAGCUACCUUUGGUACAGGUUCAAGACCUCAGAACUCUUCACCAACGAAUUCCGGGAAGGUGAGGACCAGUACGCGGCCUCUUGCUGUGCCACCAAAACUUCCUCUCGACGACUCCCUACCAGAGGUCGUUCCACACCAGGCCCAAAGCUCUACGUCCACGCCGACUACCCAACCAUUCAGUAUCGAACGGAAACCCUCAAAGACGGGACCCAAACAGGGCACUUUUAAGCCAUACGUCCCUGGAUCUACGCCGAACCCCAUUCCCGGCAAGUCGCAACCCAAAGAACCUGACUUUGUGCGCCGCGACCACCGAAAUUCUUUGGCACGAGAGGCAUCGUUGAUGUUGGGCCCCCGCCAGAGCUACGAGACAUCAAACAUACCUUCGAUCUUGCAGCCUCCGCAGAUUCCCCCAAAGCAACCGUUGGAAUCCACCCAAACGCUCAUUCAACAUCCCGUGAACCCUGCGAGGCCCGAUGCAACACGAACGCAAACCGAACCGGCUGGGGUUCUCACCAGUGUGACGCAGUCUUCGGGGCCAUCCAAGGGUCCCUUGCAAUAUGUACCAUCCGUGCUAAAGCCUGCGAGAGGUCGGCCACAGGAGGCAGCGACAACUCUACCUCCACCACCUAGCACGAAACAAGUACUUUCGGGAUGUGCCCAAUUCUCAGCCUUCCGACCCGGAGUCCACGCCGCAACGCCGGCGCCGGGGCAAAUCCCCCACCCCCUCGCUCCGACCCACGCUCCGGAGUCUCUCUCGGGUGCUCGGCCCUGUGUCCAGCGUGUCGAAACCGCGCCCGCAGAUCAUCAUACGGCUGGAGAUCAUGCCCCUACGCCCCAAUUUGGGACUCGACCUUCUGCGGUGCCGACUUUGCCUGCGUUUUUGCAGCGCCCUACGGGUCAAGGCGAUUCGAGUCGUCAACCAGUCAGCCGGCCGCAACAGCAUGCUUCGUCGUUUAGUGCACGAGCAAGAUCGAGGUCUGAUCUUCCCCAACCUCUUCACAAUGCUCAUAGUACAUCUGCAUCUAUGAUCGGCCAAGUUCAACCUCCACCAAGACCUGGCUCGGCGGCGAUUCCUAGGGCUGAAUCCCCGCCUAAGACUAGUACUGUUACUCGCCCACAAUCGGCUAUGGACUUUAUGCAGGGCCGGCCUGAUCCUAGGAUAGACAGAGUGAUCAACCAGACGACACCUACUCCGCCUCCAGAUAGACCAAGACAGACCUCGUAUGCGUCUAGCGAGGUGUCGUCAUUAGGGCCCCCAUCGGGAAGUCAAUCGUCAGGGUUACCAUUCCAGACACCCUCGCCUUUAGAAAGUAACGGGAGACGACCGUCGUCAGGCUUCUUCAGAAGCGCGGAUGCGAACGCAAGCCCCAUGGAAUCUGCCAUAACCCCAGUUCCUCAAAGACAAAACCCGUUUGAGAUACAGACUCUUCCUCUUCGAUCUCCGGCGUCGAGGCCGGCAUCUUUCUCCGGCCCCUCUCCUACCUCGACACAGCCUACGACGCCUGGAUCCGCGGGCUUUGACACCACAGCGGGUCCUCCUGAGGUUUCGGGCAUGGUUUCGUCAAAGCCUUCAGCUGGUGUCUCGCAACAUGCGUCAGGCAUGCCAGGUGGUCGCGCAGCCCACAAUGUUAUUGAGCCUAUUCAGUCGCCUACAGACCGUCAACACUCUGUGCCUGCUGAGGGGUUUGCUGUGAUGGAUUCACAGCCUUUACCUGUGCAAUCGACGUCAAAUGGGUCGUCUAAGUAUGGACCUCAACAGCAACAACCACAUCAGCAAGGCCAAGAGAUCCCAAGGCCUCACUCUGCCCAGCCAGUCCCGUCCGCCCCAGGUGGUGGCAAGCAGCCAGGAACACAUCCGCCGUAUCCACUCGAAGAGGGCCAGAACAUGCCCAGACCGGGUGACCGUCCACAGCGUCCAACGGUCACGCCACCAACACAGCAGUUCCUUGGCCCUACCAGUCCUCGAACACCUGGGCAUAUUCUUCAUCCAAUUCAAGAGCACCAUGACUCUGGCGAGACCAACCAAAAUGUCUCGGGCACCGCUGCGUUCCAGAACACAGAUUCUGCUCCUCGAGCAUCCCCUGCAAGUAUCCGUCAAAUGUCAAGAGGAUCAUCCCAGUAUCCGUCAUCAGCGGAGUCGCCCGGUGGGCAGGGCAACAUGCUCGGCCGAGGAAAUCUCACGAGCAUGCCUCAAGCCAUGUCACCAGUGGUCGCGACCAUGGGUCAGACGUACUCUCCUGUACAGUCCAAUCCGUUCCAAGUUUCCCCAACCACUACGAGAAUGCAGCCACCGACUCCAGUGAUGCGCCCGGGAUCCACACCACAGGUCGUGCCACAUGGCAAGGACAAGGAGAAAGGAGGCUGGCUUUCCAAGAUAAUGAAGGGUUCCGGUAAGCCAAACGUGCUGCAAAAGCCACCACCAUCCCCGAAUAUUGGCCCAGCGUCGCCUCACUCGCCAAAUACUACUCGACCGGCCCAAGGUCAUAACACAGGACGGGUCGCAGCACAGCAAUCCAACCAAGCAACCUACAAUCAGCAAGCCCCAGCUGCAUUUCAGCAAAGACAGCACCCUAUUACGUCUGAGCCAGUGUCUAGACCUCAGAACUUCGUUCCACCCCCGGCCGGGCCCAUUCUGGCGCCGCCUACCGGUGGCCCAGAGCCCAUGAUGAAGAUGCAACAGGCUCCGGCAGUCGAGGCACCCCAGGUAGCUCCAAGGCUACAAGUCGAUCAAUCGCAACGAGCUGAUGCCACACAAAGCGUGAAGAAAACAGUCUCUAGUUUGCCCCCUCGGGGGCUGUCACCGGCAACCGUGGCACCGAGUGAACACACAGCAGACAACAUGUCCGAUGCCGCAUCCGUAUCUGCCAUCUCUGUCUCUACAAUGGACGUAUCCGAGGCUCAGGCGCAGCCUGUGUUGAAGCCCCAACUUGUCACGGUUGAGAAGGCUCCCUCGCUACCCGAUAAACACCAGCUACCUUCGCGGGUUGCGGCAGCUUCCGGCUCGUUAUCUCAGUCACCACCCAAGACUGCGGAUCCGGCGACUAGCUCCCAGCCUUCUAUGGACAGUGAGUUCACCGUUGAGCCUCUGUUUUCGAAGAGGAAGAGCAUCGCCGCGGCCCCGCCGGUGCCCGUUGUGCCUCCAGCUCCUGCCGCUAACGACAAGUGGGCUAAGAAGCCUGCGGUGGACUAUUCUGGUGACGAUUGGGGUGAUGACCCAUGGGAUUAUGCUUGA